CGUAAACAAGUUUCUUCUACUUAUCAAUUUUAUACACAAAUUACCAUUCAACGGAAUAAUUACGCGAUAAAAGAAUAACAAUAACCAUGUAUGACGACCGUUUUGUAAUCGGUCGUGCAUGUUAUUUACAUUCGUUUGACUGUGUUCAGUAUCAUUCAUAUCAUAUGUAUUUCUCUUGCUAUACGUUAGGGGCUCGACGACCAAAAGUUUCUUAUCUUAAUUCCCGCUGAAUGAUAACAGAAAAGAACUGAUUUAAUUCUACGGCUGCUCGUUAUUAUAUCAUUAUAACCAUGUCGUACUUACAUAAAAUUUGUAGGAUUUGCACUGAUUUGAAUCCUUAUUACGGGGUCAGAUUUCACCAUGCUCAACAGCUGAAGAGUGAAAUUCAGAGGCGGCACAUCAACAAAGUUUUAAUAGCAAAUAGAGGUGAAAUAGCAUGUAGGGUUAUGAGAACGGCUAAGAAACUAGGAAUAAGAACUGUUGCUGUGUUCUCUGAGGCAGACAAACAUGCCAUGCAUGUGGAAAUGGCUGAUGAGGCUUACCACAUAGGGCCAGCACCUUCAACCCAAAGUUAUUUGAAUGCAGCAAAAAUCCUAGAAGUCGCAAAGAAGUCCAAUAGUCAGGCAAUUCACCCUGGAUAUGGUUUUCUAUCAGAAAAUGUUGAAUUUUGUGAAAAAUGUGCCCAGGAAGAUGUAAUUUUUAUUGGACCUCCACCACCUGCAAUAAGAGACAUGGGUAUAAAAAGUACAUCAAAAGCAAUCAUGUCAAGUGCAGGAGUGCCAAUAGUAAGAGGUUACCACGGAGAAGACCAAAGUAUAGAGAAGUUACAAGCAGAGGCUCAGAAAAUUGGUUUCCCUUUAAUGAUUAAAGCAAUUAGAGGAGGUGGGGGAAAGGGUAUGAGGAUAGCUAUGACGGAACAAGAGUUUUUACCGCAACUGGAAUCUGCAAAAAGAGAAUCUCUGAAAUCAUUUGGCAAUGAUAGUAUGCUUUUGGAACAGUACAUUACAGAUCCAAGACACGUAGAAGUUCAGGUCUUCGCUGAUAUGCAUGGUAACGCAGUCCAUCUCUUUGAAAGAGAUUGUUCAGUACAGCGACGACAUCAAAAAAUUAUUGAAGAGGCGCCAGCACCAGGCCUUUCUGAAGAAACCCGCAAAGCACUCGGCGAAGCCGCCGUUCGUGCUGCAAAGGCGGUGGGUUACGUUGGCGCUGGCACCGUAGAAUUCAUCCUUCAUAGAGUCUCACACGAAUUUCACUUCAUGGAAAUGAAUACACGGCUGCAAGUUGAACAUCCUAUCACUGAAAUGAUAACAGGCACAGAUUUAGUGGAAUGGCAACUACGUAUCGCGGCCGGUGAACCUCUGCCCGUCACACAAGAGGAAAUAAUUCGUCGCGGUCACGCAGUAGAGUGCAGGAUAUACGCAGAAGAACCAGGCGCGGGAUUCCUGCCGCGAGCUGGCACUUUGCAUAGGUUAACACAACCCACACCCGAAGAGAACGUGCGAGUAGAAACUGGAGUGAGAGAAGGACAGGAAGUGUCCGUACAUUAUGAUCCUAUGAUCGCAAAGCUGGUUGUAUGGGGCCGCGAUCGCAAUGAGGCACUAGCGAAGACGAGGCGGAAGCUUUCAGAAUAUCAAGUAGCAGGUCUGGAAACAAACGUAAACUUCCUACUGCGUUUGAGCGGCGCAAGCGCAUUCGUAUUUGGAGACGUGCACACGGGAUUCAUCCCGCAACACGAGGCUGAGUUGUUCCCCCAGUCGGGCAAACAGUUGAGCGAUGAAAAGGCUAUUCAAGCUGCACUCGGCUACUUAAUCAAGUCGCAGGAUGAAGCUUUGUCCAAUGACUCGUGGAAAGGAAUCUCGGUGCCUCCAACCGCUUGGCGUCCGAACUAUAAUUUACAAAAGACUGUUACGCUAAAGUUUGACGAUAAAGACAUAAAAGUUACUGUCAAAAAAGAGAGCAGCCCUAAAGCGUAUUCAGUAAAAGUAAACGAUGGAGAGUGGUCACCAGUAGAAGCAUAUGUAAAGUCUACAGAACAAGGUCUGAGGCUAAUCUCUAAAGUUGAUGAUAAAAUUAGCAACGUUGGCCUAAUGACACAUCAACAUGAAAUCCAUAUUUAUGAUGAAAACGGUCAAACUGUGGUAAACGUCCCACCGCCCAAGUAUCAGGAGCUAUCAGGCGAUGAUGCGACUACCUCCGCUAACAGUGCAUCGUCACCCACACCCGGUGUCCUUGAAAGGAUACUCGUUAAUAAGGGUGAUACGGUGGUGAAGGGCCAGCCACUGUUUGUGGUCAUCGCUAUGAAAAUGGAGUAUGUGGUACGUUCGCCAAGAGAUGGCGUUGUUGACACCAUCGCGAGUUUCAAGCAAGGAGACGCUGUAGGGAAAGGCGCUCAAGUCGUUUUACUAAAGGAAGAUAGUUAAAAUUAUUUGUUUUCUGUGAACUAAUUUAAAAUAUCAAUAAAAACAAAAUAAAAAAGCCAUGUAAUUCUAAAAGUUUUAAGUUUACAUUGAUUUAAGUGUUCAAUGCAGAUAAGUAUCUGUUUCAGUGUCUGUUGUCCAGGAUUGCUAUGCAUUUAAAUUUUAAGUUUUUCUUGCCAGUUUUUUUUUUUAUGAACUAAUUUAAUACUCACUUGUGUUAUACUUAUAACAAGUUGUGUUGCUGAAAGAAAAUAAUCAAAAUACUUUAAACGUUUUUAUCAUUUAUCAUCGCUGAACCGAUGUUUGAAAUGGUGCUCAAUUUUUUUUAGUUACUGUUUUUAAUAAUGUUAUACCGCUAUUGGAAGUGGUGCUUCAAAUUGUUUAUUUGAAUUUAAAAAACCGGACAGUAUGGGUUCUAAUGUCCUAACCUCUGCAUGCAACAUGUCUUGACAGUCAUAAGCAAAAUAAGCACUACCUACCAUAAAACUUUUGUAUAACUUUUUAUAUUUUUAUGUUAUCUCUAUCUACCUACCUUUACCGACCUACCUAGUUUUAUUUACUACUUUUACAAUUGCAAUUUUAUACUUGUUCUGAUUUAUAUUACCUAUAAAAAUAAAAUUAUGUAUAAUGUUUAAUAAUAGUCUGUUAAA